AGCACCUGCUGCCCUCGCCCGGCCCCGGGCGCCGCUGCCAUGCGGCUGGCGCUGCUCUGGGCCCUGGGGCUCCUGGGCGCAGGCAGCCCCCUGUCCUCCCGGACGCUCCCGGAUCGAGGUGGCCCUGUGGAGGAGCAGACAAGGCCAGAGAGGGCCCUGGGUGGACACUCGGAGCCCCAGAUCUUUCAAGACAGCCCCACACUCGGCCUAGCGGAGAUGCUCCAGACCAAUCUGCCUGAGGCUCUGCGGAUCAGAUUGGAAUUGGACGGUGAGAGUCAAACCCUGGAGCUGCUGCAGAAUAGGGAGCUAGUCCCAGGCCGCCCACACCUGAUGUGGUACGAGCCCGACGGCACCCGUGUGGUCAGCGAGGGACACACUCUGGAGAGCUGCUGCUACCAGGGAGCGGUACGGGGCCACGUGGGCUCCUGGGCGUCGGUGUGCACCUGCUCAGGGCUCAGGGGUCUGGUGGUCCUGUCCCCCGAGAGAAGCUACACCUUGGAGCUGGGGCCCGGGGACCUGCGAGCCGCCCCCAUCAUCUCCCGGACCCGAGACCUCCUCCUGCCAGGCCGCACCUGUGGGUUGAGCUGGCACGAAUCUGUGGCCACGCAGGCUCCCCGGGAGCGGCCCCGGGGACGGCGCCACAGCCACAUGCGCAGUCGUCGGCGGAGGCGGGACGUGGCGGCAGAGACCAAGGUUAUUGAGCUGGUGCUCGUAGCCGACCAUUCUGAGGCCCAGAGGUACCCGGACUUCCAGUACCUGCUGACCCGCAUGCUGAAGGUGGCCUUUCUCCUGGACACUUUCUUCCGGCCCCUGAACGUCCGGGUGGCGCUGGUGGGCCUGGAGACCUGGAGCCAGCGUGACCUGGUGGAGAUCAGCCGGGACCCCGGCCUCACGCUACACAACUUCCUGCGCUGGCGGCGGGAAGACUUACUGCCUCGACUGCCCCACGACAGCGCCCAGCUCGUGACUGCCACCUCGUUCUCCGGGCCCGCGGUGGGCAUGGCCGUUCAGAAUUCCAUCUGCUCUCCUGACUUCUCGGGGGGUGUGAACAUGGACCACUCCACCAGCGUCCUGGGGGUUGCGUCCUCCAUAGCUCACGAGCUGGGCCACAGCCUGGGCCUGGACCACGACUUGCCAGGGAACAGCUGCCCCUGCCCCGGCCCGGCCCCGGCCAAGAGCUGCAUCAUGGAGGCCUCCACAGACUUCCUGCCAGGCCUCAACUUCAGCAACUGCAGCCGGCGGGCCCUGGAGGAGGCUCUCCUGGAGGGGAUGGGCAGCUGCCUCUUCGAACGGCAGCCCGGCCUGCCCUCUAUGGCCGCGGUCUGCGGAAAUAUGUUGGUGGAGCCGGGCGAGCAGUGUGACUGUGGCUUCCCGGACGUGAGCCCCUCGCCCGAAGCCCUGCCCCACUCACUCCUGUGCCCUGGCCCUGGCUCACUACCCCGCUCCGAGCCUCCAGAGCCCCUUCGUGGGCUCUCAAGGGCCGGCCCGCUCCUCUCCGCCCCUCCCCGCCGGCAGGGACACCACGCGGGUGGUUGGGCUCUGGCCUUUACUUGCCGCUGCGUCCUUCUGAUGGCUGCCCUGGGCGGAGGGGAGGAGGUAGGCUCUCGGGCCCAGCCCGCCCUGACGCAGCCCCCCCCCGCCCCGUGCCCCCAGGAAUGCACCGACCCCUGUUGCGAUGACUUCACCUGCCAGCUGAGGCCUGGGGCGCAGUGCGCGUCCGGCGGGCUCUGUUGUCAGGAUUGCCAGCUGCGCCCAGCCGGCUGGCAGUGCCGCCCCGCCAGAGGGGACUGUGACCUCGCGGAGUUCUGCUCGGGAGACAGCCCCCAGUGCCCUCCUGACGUCAGCCUGGGGGACGGCGAGCCGUGCGCGGGGGGCCAGGCUGUGUGCGUGCAGGGGCGCUGCGCUUCCUAUGCCCAGCAGUGCCAGGCUCUCUGGGGACCCGGGGCCCAGCCCGCCGCACCGCGCUGCCUCCUUACUGCCAAUACGAGAGGCGAUGCCUUCGGGAGCUGUGGACGCGGCCCUGAUGGCAGCUACGUGUCCUGUGCCCCUAAAGACGCCAUGUGCGGGCAGCUCCAGUGCCAGGGGGGUCGGGCCCGGCCGCUGCGGGGCUCAGCCCGGGAUCUGCACUGGGAGAUACUAGAGGCCAACGGGACCCAGCCGGAGCUGAACUGCAGCUGGGUCCACCUGGACCUGGGCAAUGACGUGGCCCAGCCCCUCCUGACUCUGCCCGGCACAGCCUGUGGUCCUGACCUGGUGUGCAUUGACCGUCGAUGUCAGCCCGUGGGUCUCCUGAGAGCGCAGGAAUGUCGAAGCAAGUGCCAUGGGCACGGGGUCUGCGACAGCAAAGGACACUGCCGCUGCGAGGAGGGCUGGGCGCCGCCGGACUGCGCCAACCGCAGCAGAGCAACCAGCUCCCUGACCACAGGGCUGCCCCUCAGCCUCCUGCUGUUGGUGGCCCUGAUGCUCCUGGGCGCCAGCUACUGGCACCGUGCCCGCCUGCGCCAACGGCUCUGUCAGCUCAAAGGCCCCAGCUGCCAGUACAGGGCAGCCCAGUCUGGUCCCCCAGAACGCCCAGGACCCCCGCAGAGGGUCCUGCUGAUGCCAGGUGCCAAGCAGGCCAGUGCUCUUGGCUUCCCGGCUCCCCCUUCCAGGCCGCUGCCUCCUGACCCUGUGCCCAAGAGACUCCAGGCUGAGCUGGCUGACCGACCCAAUCCCCCCACCCGCCCUCUGCCCGCUGACCCGGUGGUGAGGCACCCUAAGGGGCCCGCCAAGCCCCCACCCCCGAGGAAGCCAUUGCCUGCCAACCCCCAGAGCCGGCGCCCUUCGGGUGACCUGCCUGGCCCAGAAACUGGAAUCCAACCCGUAGUGGUACCGUCCAGACCUGCACCGCCGCCCCCAGCAGCGUCCUCGCUCUACCUCUGACCUCUGCUGAGGUUUCCCGGCCUGCCACCCGGACCUAGGACUUCAAGAGGCCGACCAGUCCCUGGAGUCCCCCGUGAUGACUGAGGGAGCCGGAGCCUGGACCCCGGACACUGCCACGGGCCGCUGAGCAGCACUCUAGGGACCCGCUCACGCCAUGGAAGCUGGGGUUGGGGAGGGGCUGGGCGCUGGACUGGGCUGAGGGAGGUGCACACAGCCUGUCCCUGCUCUGGUGCAAUAAACAGUGAGGUCUGGGCA